AUGGAGAUCACCAAUGAAACAGAUGUUAGUGUGGCCCAAAAGAAUGAUUAUUCAGUGUGGGCAAUUCCACCUGAAGAUAUGGGAGAAAGGCUGAAGAAGUUGAUGGGAGGUCUUAGAUCAGAGUUUGGCGGGCCUGAGAUCCCACCACAUGUCACUGUUGUUGGUGCUGUGAGCUUAACAGAGCAGGAUGCUUUGGAGAAGUUUAGGUCUGCUUGUGAAGGGCUCAAGGCUUAUCACGUUAAGGCUGAUCGUCUAGUUACUGGGGCUUUUCCCUCUCAGUGCCUUUAUUUGCUCUUUCAGUCCACGCCUGAGGUAAUGGAUGCCAGUGCACACUGCUGCAGGCAAUUUGGGUACAAGAGGUCUAAUCGGUACAUGCCCCAUCUUAGCCUUCUUUAUGGGACUCUGACAAACGAUAAGAAGAAGAAGGCUCAAGAAAAAGCUUACGUUCUUGAUGAGAGCAUCGAUGGCCUGAAUUUCCAGAUAAGUCGCCUGGCAUUGUGGAUAACAGACCGUCAAGACAAAGGAAAGUUGGAAUCAUGGAAGCAGGUUGCUGAAUGCAGCCUUAGCGCCAACUAG